ACAGAUCGACCAUGGACAGAGAUGUGGUGUUGGAGGGCCUCUCUGCUCUUCUUGGAGUCACAAUCUCUAGGCAGUCGAGUCAAUCUGGUCAAGUCAGCCAUGGAAAGGAGAAGUAUGCACUGCCGAUUCUUUACAGAGGCUUCACUGCAGCUGUGACGGAGGUCGGAAAAGCGCUCUUGGGGGGGCUUAUGACUGGGUCUUUCUCAAAUGUCAUUCCUUUACUUGUGACCAAGCUCACAAGUCUUGCGUUGGGGUAUUUUUUUGAGGCGGCAACGGCAGAUUCGGGGCCCUCAGCAACUGCUCACGGACAAGACUUUUCAGUUGAUGAGGAGGAGUUCUUCGAUCCACAAUAUGAUUACGACUUCCGAUACAUGGCCGAUUCAUCUGUGUGCAAGCGUGGUGACGAGACUUACAGGCGCCCAGUCGGGUGGUACCGUGUUGCCCUGAAAGUGCGGGGGAAAUACCCUGACGGGGACACCUGGCUGGGCACUGACGGAUGGAGGAGUGAAUCGUGCGAGGGUGAGUGGCCCGUUGCUUUCCAUGGGACUACCUCUGCAGGAGCGAAGAGUAUCAUCCAGGAGGGAUUCAGACCAGGUACAGGUGUGGCAAACGGGAGAGAGGAGAGGGCGGCGUAUGGCAGAGGGGUGUACUGCACACCUGACAUCGAUGUGGCAGAGAGAGACGGAUAUGCCAGGACAAUCACGUCAAAGAAGUCUGGAAAGACCUACAAGUUUUUAAUGCAGGGCAGGAUCAAUCCCCAAUACAGGGAGAUUUGCUUGGGAAACAAAGACUACUGGCUGAUCCCUGUAUGCAAAAGAAUGUCUAUGGAGGAAGAAAGGGACUUAUUAGACAGGGCAAUUCGUCCCUAUGGGAUCUUGUUUAAAAAGAUUGAGGACUAAAAUAAUUCUUGUCCAUUGUAUCUAUCACGAUGGCUGCAUUGAAGUUAGUGAUCAAAGAGAGCUUUUUGAAAGUACUACUUUGACAGUACC